GUUGGAACCUUCACGGUGUUGCAUGUCCUCGGUGCUUUCGAAAACUGGGACCACAAAUCAUCUGCAAUUGGCUACCGCUCGCAAACGUCUCUUGUUCCGGAGGAAGCCCGCGUUUCGAAAUGGAAUUCCGCCUUCUGGCGAAGAUGAGGGUUCAAGUUAUGGGCACGUAGAGUCUGGUCAUUCUGGCCUGAUUGUUGUCAUCUGCGGUUCUUAUUCGCGCUUCCGUCUGCAGAUUUGAUGACUUUGCAUCUACUGCCUGACCAACCUCGAUUGCGGAUUGUGUGUAACCUUCAGCCCGAGCCUACGAAUAUCUUCUUUCAUUACGCCUAUUUAUCUCUCGUUUAUUCACGCAUCGGAUACCCAUAAUAAUAUCUGCUAUCUUACAUUUUUUAGUCGCGCAAACACGGUAGGAAGACUCGGUGGCCUCAGUCAUGGGCGCUAAUAAGUUGAC